CCAUCAUUCAGAGCGAUGAGCACAUUAAGUUAUCCAUUCAAGCUGCAAUGGAGACCAUUGUACUAAUGAAGAAUGAUAACGACGGUUCACCUUUUCUACCUCUUGCUGCUGAUAACUUCAAGAAAGCCUGUGUUGUUGGUCCUUUUAUUGAGAAUCCUGAUACCAUGUUUGGAGACUAUUCACCAACAAUGAUGACUGAUUAUAUUGUGACUCCAUUAGCUGGCAUAAAGACAACUCAAAUUGGAUCAGAUCUUCUCAAUUAUGAAGAAGGCUGUACUGAUGGGCCAGCUUGCGAAAUUUAUAAUAGCAAUAAGGUCCGCACAGUUUGUGAAGGUGUUGAUCUGGUUAUUGUAACUGCUGGCCUAAGUAGAUAUUUGGAACAUGAAGGGCAUGAUAUCUCCAAAAUAAGUUUACCAGGACAUCAAAUGAGUUUAUUGACUGAUGCAGAAUCUGCUAGUGGAAGUGCUCCUAUAAUACUUUUACUGUUCAAUGCGAACCCUCUUGACAUCAGUUAUGCUAAGAGCAACCCACGCUUUGCUGCUAUAUUGGAAGCUUAUUACCCUGGACAGGAAGCUGGUGUGGCAAUAGCUAACGUCCUCACUGGUAGUUAUAAUCCUGCUGGAAGACUCCCCAAUACGUGGCCUGCUAGUCUUGAUCAAGUGCCUGACAUGAUUAACUAUACUAUGAAGGAAAGGACGUACAGAUACUUCACACAAGAGCCUCUCUACCCAUUUGGAUAUGGACUGUCAUUCACUACAUUCAAAUACUCAGAUUUGAAUGUUGCUUCUACAGCAAACACUAAUGGAGAAGGUAGCAUUACUGUAUCAGUGACAGUCACCAACACUGGUACUAUGGAUGGAGAUGAGGUUACUCAAGCUUAUGUCAAGUGGGACAAUGUUGCUGAAGCACCAAAUAUACAAUUGGUUGGAGUUAGUAGGAAAUCCAUUUCUAAAGGGCAAUCAAUAACAGUCUCAUUCACCAUCAAGCCAGAGCAACUGCAAGUGUGGACCGACGAUGAUAAAUGGUCCAUACCUGAAGGCACGUACUCUUUAUUUGUUGGUGGUCAGCAACCAGAUCAAAAAGUGUCUGUUCCCUCUAAUGUCCUCAGUGCCACCUUCAAACUUUAAUAGAGGCCAGGAGGAUUGGACUGAGGGAGACAUUAAUUAUUAAUCAUGACGUUUAACUACUUUAGUGCUCCUUUCAUUCAUCUUCAUCUGCUAUUACAAUGUUUUAUAAUAUCUAUGCUUUUUUGUUCUUACGAUAUUGCACAACUUUUGCAAACUGUUUUUGUAAUGAUAAUUAUGCAUGAAAA